CCGGAGUCACUACAGUGCUUGGCGCUUGGUUGAUUGGGCAACGGCCGCGCGCCAUCAUUUCGACUCACCGCCGGUCGCGCGCGCUCGCUACCUUAAAAACAAAACAAAUAUUGUGAAGUGCUCGUGACAUAAACAUAGUGAUUUUAAUAAUCAGAUUUGGAUUAUAAUUUUUUUGUAAAAAUGACAGCCGGCACUGAAGAGCAUGAGCCCCUGAUUUCAUCUUCAGCUGAACAUCAGCGGGUCACUUACAACGCUUCGCCACAGGACUCCGAUACCCCAGAACCUCGAGUGACCGGAGAAGUGUCUCUCACCAUCCCACAGCGGAACUAUGGGGCCAUCGGCGGCGUUGAAAAGGUCACGUACACCUGGGCGGACAUCAACGCCUUCGCCACAGAAAACAGGUCCAGGAGCAGAAGGUUCUGGAACUUCUGGAAGGGGUCCAAUGAUCGCAUGUUCCAGCAGAGGAAACAGUUGUUGAAGAAUGUAAACGGCGCCGCGUAUCCAGGCGAGCUCCUCGCCCUCAUGGGUUCCUCAGGCGCCGGCAAGACCACUCUCCUAAAUACACUGACCUUCCGCACUAAUGGUGGAGUGGUAGCCAGUGGCACACGAGCUCUUAAUGGGCAACCAGCCACCCCUGAAGCGCUGACGGCGCUGUCAGCGUAUGUGCAGCAACAGGAUUUGUUUAUUGGCACGCUGACGGUUAGAGAGCAUCUAGUUUUCCAGGCUUUAGUACGUAUGGAUCGUCACAUACCAUACGCACAACGGAUGCGCAGAGUGGGAGAAGUCAUCCAAGAGCUAGCCUUAUCAAAGUGCCAGAACACCGUAAUCGGCAUACCAGGACGAUUGAAGGGCAUAUCAGGUGGCGAGAUGAAGCGUCUGUCCUUCGCCAGUGAGGUCCUUACGGACCCGCCGCUAAUGUUCUGCGAUGAACCUACCUCCGGCCUUGAUUCUUUCAUGGCUCAGAAUGUCAUCCAGGUGUUGAAGGGACUGGCGCAGAAGGGCAAGACAGUGGUGUGCACAAUCCACCAACCGUCUUCGGAACUAUACGCCAUGUUUGACAAGUUGCUCAUCAUGGCGGACGGACGCGUUGCGUUCCUCGGCUCGCCUGACCAGGCCACGGACUUCUUUAAGGAGUUAGGAGCGGCAUGUCCAGCCAACUACAAUCCCGCAGACCACUUCAUACAAAUCCUGGCCGGAGUGCCAGGCAGGGAAGAGGCGACCCGGCAUACUGUGGAUACAGUGUGCACGGCGUUCGCCAAGUCUGAACUAGGGUGCCAAAUAGCUGCUGAGGCUGAAAAUGCUUUGCUGCACCGGCGCAAGAUUUCCUCCGGCUGGACGGACUCAGCGUGGUCGACGCCAAGCCUGCGCUCGCGCCGCUCUCCAUAUAAAGUAUCAUGGUGGGCGCAGUUCCGCGCUGUUCUUUGGCGAUCAUGGCUUUCAGUUACUAAAGAACCCAUGCUUAUCAAAGUGCGGUUUCUGCAGACAAUUAUGGUGUCCAUAUUAAUCGGGGUGAUCUACUUCGGCCAACAUUUGGACCAGGACGGUGUCAUGAACAUCAAUGGAGCCAUCUUCAUGUUCCUCACCAACAUGACCUUCCAGAACAUCUUCGCUGUCAUUAAUGUAUUCUGCUCCGAGCUGCCCAUCUUCAUCCGCGAGCAUCACAACGGCAUGUACCGAGCCGACGUCUACUUCCUAUCGAAGACUUUAGCCGAAGCCCCAGUGUUCGCCACCAUACCGCUAGUGUUCACAACUAUUGCAUAUUACAUGAUCGGGCUCAACCCGGCGCCGGAGAGGUUCUUCAUAGCGUCAGGAUUGGCGGCGCUUAUUACGAAUGUUGCAACGUCGUUUGGUUACUUGAUCUCGUGUGCGAGCAGCAGCGUGAGCAUGGCUGCCUCAGUGGGGCCUCCUAUCAUCAUCCCAUUCAUGCUUUUUGGAGGAUUCUUCCUCAACUCAGGGUCAGUGCCUCCGUACCUGGGCUGGAUAUCCUACUUGUCCUGGUUCCGGUACGGCAACGAGGCGCUCCUGGUCAACCAGUGGGCCGGCGUGGACUCCAUCGCGUGUACCAGGGAGAACUUCACGUGCCCGGCUUCGGGCCAAGUCGUGCUGGAGACGCUCAGCUUUUCAGAGGACGACUUCAAUUUCGACGUAAUCAACAUGGUGCUGCUGUUCAUCGGGUUCCGUCUGCUCGCCUACAUCGCGUUACUCAUACGAGCGAGGAGAACCAAGUGAACUCACUGUCACAUUGAAGCUA